AUAUGCUAACUUUGCGCAUGCCCCGCGGACAAACCGAAUCUAUUUGUGACUAAAUGAGUACGUAAGUGCCUUGGCAACGGAUUCAAACAUUAGUCGAGAAAACUUUUUGAAUUGACUCAAAACAAUAUAAGAUAAAUAAAUAAACAGAGAGGCAUGGAUAGCUCAAUGGGCGAUGUGGUCGAGUUAGUGGCCGCCGAGGGCGAGGAGGAGGAUCUGCUCGACGAUGACUACAAUGUGUCCUUUAUGACAGACAUCCUCAGCCUGGAACACUCGUUUGGAUACGAUUGCAAGCGUCUGUUCAAUCUGGUGCUGGCUGACAAUGAUACCCUGAUCUUUGCCUCCGGCAAUUUUCUGCACUACUUUAGCAUAUCGAGGCGCGAGGUCAGCUUCCGGCCGACCGUCUUUGGCUGUGGCGUUGGCUUCAUAACGAAAAACGAGCUGCCCGAGUUUAAGAAUCUGUUCACCGUCGGCGAGAACGGACCCAAUCCGACCAUCUUCAUUUAUGAGUAUCCCUCGCACGAUGUUCGCAUCAAGCUGACAAAUGCGGCCAAGAGCUGCUUUACCGCCGGCUCAUACAAUUCGAGCGGCGAGCUGUUCGCCUCCCAGGCUGGCUAUCCGGACUUUAUUAUCACGAUUUGGCGCUGGGAAUGCGCCGAGGUGGUGCUGCGCGCCAAAUCCUUUCAGAGCAACAUACUAUUCGUGCACUUCUCGGAGCACAAUCCCAUACUGUUGUGCUCCUCCGGCCUGAGUCACAUCAAGUUCUGGAAAAUGGCCAACACAUUCACGGGCCUGAAGCUAAAGGGGGAUCUGGGACGCUUUGGCAAGACGGACUUCAGCGAUAUCUAUGCGAUGUACAUGCUGCCCGACGAGAAUGUCAUCUCCGGCUGCGAAUGGGGCAACAUGCUGGUGUGGGAGGCUGGUCUCAUCAAGUUUGAGGUGUGCCGCAAGGGCCGAAAACCCUGCCAUGCAAAGCCCAUAACUCGCAUCACCAUGAAGAACGGCGAGGUGACCACCGUCGGCAUGGAUGGCUAUGUGCGUGUCUGGUUUUGGGAGACCGUUGAUCUGGCCGAUCCGCCCGAGGACGAUCUGUUUGUGGAAAUCGAUCCCAUCUAUGAGUUCAAGAUAUCCGAAGUCGAGCUGCGCGCCAUGCAAAAGAUUAAGGCCCACGACGAGUCGGAUUUCGGAUACUAUGCGCAGGAUGGCGGCGGCGGGAUUUGGUUUUGCGACAUCAAUACCUACGAUGUUCCGCGGCCGCCAAAGCAGCUCUAUUCGUGCGUCGGUGGACGCGUCCUGACCGCCCAAAUGUCGCCCAUUUCUCCGCAUCUGGUGGCUCUCUCCGAGACGGGUAAGAUCUUUAUCUACGAAUACGAGCAGAAGAAGCUUAUUCUGGAGAAACAAUUUGCGGCCAACGGCGUGGACAUCCUCUGGCUAGACACACAGAUCUCCAGGCUCGGCACGGAGCUAAUUGCCGGCUUCGAGGACGGCAUACUGCGUCAGCUCUUCCUCGAUCUCAGCGUGCCGUCCAAGGCGGAGGUGCAUCUGGUACACGCCUACAAGGCGCACACGGCGCCCAUCACGGGGAUCAGCAUGAAUCGGGAAUGCAGCCUGCUGAUCAGCGGCUCGGCGGAUCGCAGCAUGUUCAUCUAUAAGCUAGGCAACGAUGCGGAGCAGCUGGUGGAACUGCAGCCGCUCGGAUUUGUCGAGCUGAAGGCGGUGCCCAGCUGCUUUUAUUGGCACCUGGAGGAACCCGCCGUCGUUCUAAUUGGCUGCAAGGGCGGCGAGGUCUAUGAGUACAAUAUACGCACCGAUGUCACCGAGAAGGAGACCUACCUCAGCUACAAUCUGACGGAUGCGGCACGAAUGCGCAGCACGCGCUUCGUUUCGGUCAAGAGUCGCAUUCGACGCGAUCUGAAGCGUGAGAAGAUCAAGAAGCGAAAGGAGAAGAAAAAGGAGCGCAAAUUGCGCGAAAUCGAGAAGCUAAAGCAGGCGAAUCCGGGCCUGCAAAUCGACAUGGAAAGCGCCCUGGCCGACUCAGAGCCCGAUGAGGAGGAGGAACCACUGCACAUACCCAGCGUACCCAAUCGCAUCAUCUGGUUGCGCUACACGAAUCGCGACACGAUCUGGCUCUCCAUGGCCGGCUACGAUGCCGGCUAUAUCUACGAGCUGGACUUUGAGAGCCCGGAGCCAAAGAUCUGCACUUUGAUAGCGGAUGCCGAUGACAUCGAGAUACACUCCUACUACAUUGUCGAUGAGUAUAUUAUAUUUGGCAUGAUGAACGGCAGCCUGCGGAUUAAUCGCCUGAAUGCCGAGGACUUUACGGAUCUGGCCGACUAUCGUAGCUAUCCGAUGCACGAUUCCCUUAAGGGCGUUAUACCCUGCAUCGUCAGCAGCUACAAUGGUGAGCAUUUGGUCAGCGUUGGCCACGACGGCAAUGUCUUUCUCUACAAGUGGGAGGGGCCGAAGGUGAAAAGAGAAGAGCUGAGGCCGCGACUGCCGGCGCUGCCCAGCCCGAGGGAUGCUGGCGACAUACUCGAUCCGGAGACACCGUCGCUGGAGCAGGAGAAGAUCAAUGCAGAGCUGAGGCGGCAACAGGAGGCAGCCGAGGCGCAUGAUCGCGAUGUCCUGGCCAAGAUCGGAGCGCUGCAGAGCGUUUACUUUGACAUAAUCAAACGGAACGAGGAGCUGCCGCCAGGUCUACGCGUCGCACACAAGGAUUUGCUGCUCGAUGAGCGCAUCACGCAACAAAUCCGCGACGAGCUGCAGGCCGAGCUGGACGAUGUGCGCGAAGACCUAGCCUACGAUCUGGAGUUUGCCGAAGUCGGCCACAACAAGCUACUCAAUCAUUUCCUCCAAAAACUCGACCAUGUGCCCUUCACCGUGACGCCGCUCUGCGCCAACAUCGAUGCGGUAUCCACGUUUCGCUUGGAGACCCUGGGCGAGGACUUUGAGCAAAUCAAGCGCGACAUCGAGGAGCGUCUCAAAAUGGAACAGGACAUGCGGCUGACCGAGGUAAUUGCCGACGAAGACAAGGAGGAUCUGAUGGGUGGCCCGCCGCCGGAGACGUUCUUCUUUGGACGUGAUCCGAUGAGCAUAACGCCCAGAUUUAGCAAGAAGAUGAUGCGCCUGCUGCUGCGUUAUCGAAAGCGGCAGCUGUACGAGGUGCGCCGCAUCUUUGACUGGGACAAGCUGGAGCGCCAGAAGCCCGAUCCGAACCGCAAUCAUCCUGAUGAUGAUGCACAGAUUGCGCUCGCAAUGCGCAGCCUUGGCGACUACAAGCUGAAGAUUGGCGCGGACUACGAGCCGAAGACCUCGGAGAACCUGACGGCCAAGUAUAUUGAGAUCGUUGAGUGCCGGGAGAGAUACUUUGAUAUACUGGACUCGUACAACCAGCGCGUCAUGAUGCUGCGCGAUCGCAAAAAGGAGCUCAUGGAGUUCAUACAGAAACGCCGCGAACGACUGGAGGUCAUACAUCAGUAUCUGCCGGAGCUGAAUCGCAUACAGAUACGAGAGAUCAGGGAGAUCGACAUGGAAAUGGAGUAUCCAGAGCUAAAUCUCAUCGAGCACUGCUUGCCCGGCUGCGGUGUCAAUGUGGAUGAUAUACUCUAUUUGGAAAACAGCGUCGAGGACGUGAUUGCCGCCAGGCAGCCGCAGCCGACGCUGGACAACAUUAGCCUGUACGAAAUGGCCGCCCUUGAUAGCCCCGAGCUGCACGAGGUUACGAAGUUCAAGGCGCUGCAGAUCUCCAAACUGAAGUCGACGCUGCCGCAGGACGAAAUGAUCGAGUAUAUCAACAGCCUGCCACCGGUCACCGAUCCGGCCUACUUUGAGGUGAACGAGGAGGGCGACUCGCCCAUGAUCAUGGAGAUGCGGCAUCGCUGGCUGCGCCUUCUGGUCGUCGAGCAGCUGCACAUCAUGUCCGAGGUCGACGAGGAGAUACGCCUAUUCGAUUUGGCCCUGGAGAAGAUUCAGGCGCAGCGCUUCCAUGUCAAAAUGGACGCGGAAUUCCUAUCCUCCUACCUGAUCACGCUCAACCAGGAGCUGUACAUCUUGCGCGACAGCGAGGAGAUCGAGUCGCAGCUGCUGCAGAACGCCAAGCAAGCGAUGAGCAUUCGGAAUGAACUACAGAUUGUGAUCAAUGCAACCAACCGGCAGCUGGAGGAAUUGCGCAAGAGCAUCGAUAAAAUCAAUGAACAGAUCGCCGGACUGCAGACGACAUUCAUGAACACGGUGAAGGGUCACAAGUUCUAUGACUUUUUACGUCGCAUCUUCAAAAAGAAAUGGCGUCCGCCGAAGCGUGUCCGCGGCGAUGACGAGGAAUCCUCAUCGUCCUCCUCCUCGUCAUCGUCCAGCGAGGACGAGGGCGCCGAUGCCCAGAGCGUCGACUCCCUCGACAUGACAACCAUACGCCUGGACGAGGCCACCUGCCCCACGGGUCUGGAUCGCACCCUCUACGAAUGGUCCUUCACCAUGCGCGCCGAUCGGCACGCUCUCGAGCGCACCCUCGCCGACUGCCAUCGGGACGUGGAGCGCAAGCGACGGGAGAUUGCCGAAAUGCAGACCAAGAUGAAGUACCACGAGGAGGUCUACCAGCGCGAGAAGAAUACGCUGCUAGAGUUUCGGCGCAAUAGACAACACGAGAUCAACAAGGUGCAGAUAUCCACGAUCUUGCGCAUGGAUCAGCUGCAGCAUUUCUAUGAGGGCGACGACUAUCGCGACGUGUCCAAGGCCAUACUCUUCGAUGCGGAUAUCCUGAUCGAUCUGCGCCGGCGGGCGGAGAAGCUGCACGAGGAGACGCUGGCCACGCGGCGCUGGCAUCGCAUCAACUUUAUUCAUUUGCGUCGCAUGAAUCGGGACAUCAAGUUCAUGCGCUUCGAGAUAACGCGGCUCGAGGAGGAGAUCAAGCAGGCCAUGAUGAGGCGUUUCGGGCUGAUCAUCAAUCUGGACGAGCUGGAGGAGGAGGUGCUGCGGCGCUACAUAUUUGAGCUGGAGACGACGGCAGAGGAGGAGCUGCGCGCACUCGAGAAGGAGCUGCGCGAGCGGCAGAUUGAGCUUUCGCGUUGCGAGGAGGAGCUUGUCCAGGAGACACAAAACAACACGGAAAAGGUGAACAUAAAGACGGUGCUGCUCGAGCAAAAGAACGUGCUGGACGUGCUGCUGGACAACCAGGAGCGCAACUACAGCAAAUGGGCCAAUCCGCAGGUGCUCAACCUGAGCUACGACAUCGAGAAGCUGAUGGGCAUCGACAACCAGCUGCUGCAGCAGAUCGAGUGCCUCGAGCGGGAGAUCUGCACGCUGCGGCUCAAGGCCAAGCCGCUGCAGAUCAACGAGCUGGUCCCGCCUCCGCCGGAUGCCGUUCCCAGCGAGCUGCUGCCGCCGCUUGAUGGCGAGACGGAGGUAUGCCCGGCCAUACUGAAUGUGGACGCGUAUAUGCUGCCGCCCAUGCCGGAUGACUUCAUCAUGGACCGCGUGCACACGAUUGUCACGAAGAGCUUCAAUCAGUUUCUCGGCAGGCACACGACCGCCGAGAAUGUGCGCAAAUUUGCGCAGCGAUCGGCGCUGUAUCUGUGCCAGGCGGCGUACAGCUUUCAGGGCAGAUACACGGAUCGCAUAGCCGAGUGCAUCACGGAGCAUCUGGAGAGCAUUGUGCCCAAGAAGUAUUUCAUACACAUACGGGCCGAGGAUUUGCGCAAGCUCUUCAACGAGGUGGUCGCCGUCUUCGAUUACGAGCGCUCCGAUAUAAACACCGAGGAGCUGAUCUCCGGUAUAUUCGAGCAUGCCAAGGAUUCGCUGUGCGCGCGCGGCGUCUGCGAGGUGGUCAAUCGCACCCAGUACAUUGUGCUGCAUAUGUUCAAGGAGCUGAUCGAGGUGCUGCCCCUCGAAGAGUUCCAGGCCGAGGAGACGCUGCGCAUCAUUGUCGAUGUGCUGGAGCGCGAACCGAUGUCGGAUCCGCGCGCCAUCAACGUCGAGGAGCUGAUAACCAGCACACUGCGACACGCUCAGGAGAAUCUGCUGGAUGGCAUCACGGCGCUGCCCAUCCGCCAGCUGGGCAACGGCAUCCAGCGGGAACUGCUCAAGCGGCGCCAAUACAAGCCGCCCAAUUGCCAAUCGCCGCUGGCCGUGCGGAUUGCCAGUAAAAAGCCGACACCGAACACGGGACUUCCGUUCUAGGCUAGACCUGGACAUGGACUAAUUUUAUUUUAUGCUGACUAAUAAACAUAUAAAGCUUGA